UGGUUGUUUGUGUGUAGAAUCAUUACUUUCGGUCUCCCUCCCACGUCCCACUUCUCCAGGCACUUACCCAUACUGCCCCUCCUCAUACAACAGAAUUUAUGACGUUCUCUCCAAAACAGCAAUUUCUCCCCUUACGCAGAAUGGUAUCUUUUUUUCACCACUUGAAAGAUUCAACGCAUCGAUGAAUGUCGCGGGGAUUCUAUUAUGAAGUGACUGGUAGGAGUAUCAAAUCUGGACUACAAUUUUACAACAACUGGUUUUGACAGCUGAGCUCUGUUGGAAAUUCCACGGCGCCCUCUCUGAUGUGAGGAUGAGGACCUACACCAGAGGGGCCCCCACAGCGUUCUUCAUAAGUCUACUGUGGCCCCUGGUGUCCCCGGUGGUGGGGGUGGGGGUGGGAGAGGAGACGGACCCCACUGGAGGGAUACCCUUCAUGGGAGGGAACUACGAUGGACACCCCAUGCUGUUUUUCAGCCAGGGUGAGGUGGAGGAGUUGCAGGCGGCAGCGACUGGGACUCACCGGGAGAUGGCUGCAAGGAUCCGCGAGGCGGGAGAGGCCAUGCUGGAGCUCCCUGAGGAAUACCUGCCCCCCUGGAGCCCAGCCGAGUUCAGCGCCCGCUGGAACGAGGUGUAUGGAAACAACCUGGGAGUGUUGUCUAUGUUCUGUCUGCUCUACCCACACAGGGCCGGGGCCCUUGACCUGGCCAAGGAUUACAUGGAGAGGAUGGCAGCUCAGCCUAGUUGGUUGGUUAAAGAUGCUCCUUGGGAUGAGGUUCCUCUAGCCCACUCUCUGGUUGGCUUCGCUACAGCCUAUGACUUCCUGUAUGAGUACCUGAGCAAGGUGCAGCAGGAGCGCUUCUUGCGGGUGAUCGGUAAUGCUACGCGCUUCAUGUAUGAGAAGUCCUACAUCCGCGGCUGGGGCUUCCAGUACCUGCACAACCACCAGCCCACCAACUGUGUGGCUCUCCUCACUGGCAGCCUGGUCUACAUGGCCCAGGGUUAUCUGCAGGAGGCCUACCUGUGGACUAAGCAGGUUCUGGCCAUCAUGGAGAAGUCUAUGGUGCUCCUCCAGGACGUGACAGACGGCUCGCUGUACGAGGGCGUGGCCUACGGGACCUACACCACCCGCUCUCUAUUCCAGUACAUGUUCCUGGUGCAGAGACACUUCUCCAUCAGCCACUUCGACCACCCCUGGCUCCACAAACACUUUGCAUUCAUGUACAGGACCAUCCUGCCAGGGUUCCAGAGGACUGUAGCCAUAGCAGAUUCCAACUACAAUUGGUUCUACGGGCCUGAGAGCCAGCUGGUGUUCCUGGACCGAUACGUGAUGAGGAACGGCAGCGGGAACUGGCUGGCUGAACUGAUCCAUCAGAACCGGGUGUUGGAGGGGCCAGGACAGGCCGGGAAGGGACAGAGAUGGUGCACACUGCACACAGAGUUCAUCUGGUAUGAUCCAAGCCUGACUCCCAGGGCUCCUGCAGACUUCGGUACAUCCCAACUCCACUACUUUGAGGACUGGGGGGUCGUCACAUAUGGAAGUGCUUUACCCGCAGACACCAACCACACCUUCCUCUCUUUCAAGUCGGGGAAGCUGGGUGGACAGGCCAUAUUUGACAUCGUUCACAGGAACAAGUACAAAGACUGGAUCAAAGGGUGGCGGAACUUUAACGCUGGCCAUGAGCACCCUGACCAGAACACCUUUACGUUCGCCCCUAACGGUGUUCCUUUUAUCACAGAGGCUCUGUACGGGCCCAAGUAUACCUUCCUCAACAACGCAGUGCUGUUCUCCCCAGCUGUCUCAGGGAGCUGCUUCAAGCCAUGGGAAGGUCAGGUCACCGAGGCCUGUGACUCCAAGUGGCUGAAGUACAAGGUGGGGCUGGCGGCGGACUCCCAGGGCAGGGUGGAGGCGGCUCUGGAGAGGCAGGGGAUGGUGUUCAUCCGUGGAGAGGGCCAGUCGGCCUACAACCCUGACCUGAAGAUCAGGAGCUUCCAGAGGAACCUGCUGCUCCUGCACCCCCAGCUGCUGGUCCUAGUGGAUCAUGUCCAUCUGGAGACAGACAGCCCAACCAGGGCCAUGAGUGCCUUCUUCCACAACACGGACCUGUCCUUUCAGGAUGCCAAAAUAGAUGGUGUGCACGGAGCCUUUAUCAGACACGGUGAAGACCCAUAUAAAAUGUUCUGGAUGGAUGACACGGGCUUCAGUGAGAAAGGGGUCUUGGGGUACUGGAACUAUCCACGUGGUUACCCCUAUAAUGGCUCGAACUAUGUGAAUGUGACAAUGCCACUGAGGUACCCACACACCAGGGUGGCCUAUAUCUUCUUUGGGCCGGGGGUGGACGUGCAGAGCUUUAGCCUGCGUGCUGAUGCUAAUAGGGUGGACAUUUACCUGGCCACCAACGAGCACACCUACACCAUCUACCUUCUGACAGGAGAGGUGACCAACAAGCCUCUGUUCGCCAUGGUACUGUUGGACCAGAAGAAGAUUGUGUUUGAGAAAGCAGCAGGAGUGCUGAACGAUACGCCAGAGGAGGUGGAGGAGUAUGUCAACGUAGUAGAGGACAACCUCCAGCAUGCCAAGCCUGUUUUCCAGCAGCUGGAGAGACACAUCCUGGGCAGGGUACUCAACACGGCCAGCUUCCGCAAGACAGCUGAGCGCCUCCUACAGUUCUCAGACAAGAAGAAGACGGAGGAGGCCAUCGAGAAAAUGUUUGCUCUGACUAAGAAACAGGGCAAAGGAAAGGGGGCCAUGAAAGCCUUGGGGAACCUUGGGAACGAGCUCUCAGAGAGCCUGCCUGACAUCUUUGCACAGAUCGAGGUGAGUGAGAAGAAGCAGAGAUCGAAGAGCACAAAGCGGAUUAUUGAGGAGAGCUCAGAGGAAGAUGGAGACUCCAGGGCUUUUAUGGAUUAUGGAGACUCAAAUAAAGGCAGGAAGGGUGGCUUUGUGAAGGGUCGCAAGUUCAAGGAGGUCCACAUGUCGGCGACAGCCAAGAGUGACAGUCUGUCAAACGCAGCCUCUUAUAUCAGACUAUUCCUAAUCAUAAACAUAGCCACCUUCUUCCUGCUACUGGCUGUGUUAUUGACACGCUUCCAGAGAGGCAGAAGUCUACACACCCAAAGGUGUUUCUAUGGCAUUCUCCUCAUCGACAGCUUCAUCUUACUCUGCCUCUACUCUUCCUGCUCUCGCUCACAGUGUUGACAUCAUCACUGUGCAACGACGGGGAAUGUCAAUGUACAGACAGACCUAUUGAACUAUUGUAGUUCGCCAUGGGUGAAUAAAAUGCACCAUACACCUCAGUCUGAGCCAAAUCUACCUGAUGGGUGUCCAGGAAAUAAUUAAUUCCAAAUAGGAAUUGAUAGACUUAACGAUAUUAAGCCAGACCACCUCUGAGAUCCUAAGCUUCUGUGGAGCUUGAGAAUGGAGUCUGAAUAAACUUUGUCAUGUACAGUUUUUAGAUUAGACCCCCUGACUCAUAUCAAAGAUCUCCAAGACUAGCCACUAAAAUGCAGAUGUCUCUGCCUCUCUCUGUGUACGUUUUGACAUGCAGUCUAAGUCAUAAAGAAUAUAGAAAGGUCGGGUGAUUGUGGAGGCCAGGUCAUCUGAUGCAGCACUCCAUCACUCUCCUUGGUCAAAUAGCCCUUACACAGCCUGGAGGUGUGUUUUGGGUCAUCGUCCUGUUGAAAAACAAAUUAUAGUCCAACUAAGCGCAAACCA